GCUGCACUCAACACCUCAUUCCUGCUGCUAUCCACUUCCCAGUCACUCGAAUGUACUCUUGAUGAAGAGACAACGACCCGCUACGAGUAACAUCAUCGAAAAUCCCUUCGUCAAGCCAGAAAAUCAGUCUUGGGAAAUCUCGCCGCCAGCAUCGCUAAACAGAUCGAUCUCUCCCCCACCAACCAAUCCCCGACGACGCACUAAGCCAGCCUUCAAUUCCAUACCCACCAAGUCGGACACUGCAGCCGUAGAGGCAGGUGAAGUCGAGAUCGAUGACCAUGUCACAUUCUUCUCAUCUAAACUCCUCGCUGCAACGCGACCCCAGAUCGAAGGACAGCCUCGGCUGGACCAUAACGAAUGGCUAGACCUCUAUCAGAGAAACCUCAACGAUAGAGGUCACCACUUCGUUGUACACCAGCACGAUCAUCCAGUCGCUGGCACCCAUUAUGAUCUUCGCCUGCAAUGCAACUCGACCAGCUCGAUCAGUUUUGCAAUCAUGUACGGCCUACCAGGAGAUCCCAACAGCAGGAAGUUGAAUCGCAAUGCCACCGAGACCAGAGUCCAUAAUCUGUGGAACCAUCUCAUCGAAACAGCCUCAUACGAGACCGGGACUAUGCUUCUCUGGGACACUGGCGAGUACGAAGUCCUCCAGGAUCCUCAGUCCAACAACGACAGCAACACCGACUCGGAUUCCGAACCUGAUCUAUCUAGCAUCGAAUCCGAGCCUGCGAAACUCCAUCGCGCCUUUCAAUCCCGCAGGAUCAAAGUCCGACUUCACGGAACUCGUCUCCCGAAAAACUACACCCUCAACUUCCGCCUGACACACGAAAACAAUAGACUUGCCCAGCCCGAACCACCAGCAUUCAAACGCCGCAAACGCUCCCAGCCGUCCACCACUACCCGCCGGCAAACUCACGUCGAAUCGUCGGACUCGGAUUCGGAUUUGGACUCUACGUCAGGACCCAGUCGUCCGUCAACGCACGAUCAAUCAAGCCAGAGCUCCUUUGAAAAGGCCAGAGCAGGCGAGAAGCGCAUUCCGAAACUCGGCCGCAGCGUCUCAUCCUUACUACGCACGACGUCCCCACCACGCCCAUCACGAAAACCUCCUGGCCUUGAACAUCAACCUUCAAGUUCCCUCUACACAUCGACGGCGACAGCGACAGUGACCGCUACUGCACCUUCCUACUCUAGCGACCUCGUCACUCCUAAACGAGACAAACCUCAGGACGAGGUCGGGGCAAAGCACCAGACCACCUCCACUUCCACUUCCGCCUCCACCACCAACACUGCCACGACUGCACACCAACCCGACGACGUACCCGAGUCCAAAGAAGACGAAGAAGUCCAGAUCCGUCUUCACAACGCCUACCCCGGCGCAACGAACAGCAUUGUACGUUUCUCCUUCUCCUUCUCCUUCUCUUCCUCCCUCCUACUCUCCCUCUGCCCUCCCUAGGCGCACGUGUCUCGUCCCUGUCCCGACCCUGUCCCAAACCACUUUCCCCUUGUUUUGGCACUGGACCAAUAUUGUAAUAAUAACGACACAACUCGCAGAACUCCAUCCACCAGCGCAAAUGGUUCCUCUCUCUCGAGCGAGAGGCCUGCGGCUUCCGACCGACCAAUCGUAUCGAAUUCGGCCGGCGGGUCUGGGAACGACCGCGUCUACGUCAACCAUCAUCUUCUUCUCCAGCAAACGAGCAAGUCCGAGUCCAAGGCCACGGGCAAGGACAAGGGCAAGUCCAACUUGGCGGGUUUCCUUCGUUCUACGUCCGUGGGCGGGAUUUCGAGACGAGUGUCCUCACGGGUCGUCUCGCUGCGGAUGUAGCCCAGGACGAGGGCCUUGUCAAUUAUAAGCCGAGAGGUGGGUGGAAGGCCGUUACGGAUUGAUUCUUGGACACGGUAAUUUCAGCUGGAAUGAGUUCGACAUGUGAUGAUGUCUUCAAUUUUAAGCUUAAGCUCAAGCUCGUAUCUUGAGUUUUAAUGCCAAAAGGCUUUAUUUGAGCAUGUUUGAUAACUGCCAGGUAAUUAUAUAUUCGACAGUAUUUUCUGUUCACCACG